CUGAACAUUCUGAAGACAGCUUAUAAGAAAACAUACAUUUCUUUUAGUUUGUUUUAUUGCAUUUUAUUUUAUGCUAUAGUGCAUCUUCUUGUACUGAACUCUCUGAGAACUCUUUAAAACCCCUGAACUCUGUUCGAGAAUUUCUCUUAUUUUUCUUCCUGUUUUCUGUAAAUUCUGGUGUCAUUAUGUGCAAGUAAGAAGACAGACAUUUCCUGAACACUCCACAAAAAGUGGAAGUUCUAAAUAAAAGCAGUGAGUUUUAUCUUACAUUUAUAUGAAAUGGUUCUUAAGUACAAAAUUCAAAACAUACACUUAAAGUUGCCAGUGAUAAUAUUUAACUACUGGGUUCUUGUUUAAUCAGUUAUCAUGCACUUUAUUGUAUGAACCCAAAAGUUAAUUAUUGGGUUAGAGUUUUAUGACCAAUUAAACAAGAACCCAGGGGUUAAAUAUUAUCACUUGUAACUUUAAGUACAAAGUACAAAACACACACUUAAACUUGCCUGUGAUAAUAUUUAACUCUUGAUUUCCUGUUAACUCUAUAACAUGUGAUAACUGAUUAAGCAAGAUUUAUUUAUUUAUUUCAUUACUUAAAUACUUUAAUAGUACUAAACUCAGACCCCCUCUGUCCUCACAUUCUGAUGGCUGGUUUAUAAAGAGCAGCAGACGGCAUGAUCUACUUUACUCCUUCACUCUUCUCACAGCCAUGGACUUCACUGAACAGGGAUAAAAUCAGUAUCCAGAACCAUGGGUGCCACGGUUUCAGUCGUCAAUCAGACUCCUUACACCUGGUGCUUUGCCACCCAGGACAAAGGGUAUACACGCCUUGGUGCUGGCCGCACAACAUCCUAUCAGGAGGCCCGGUUAAUCCGUCGCUACAUCUACGUCAGAUAUGAAAAUCACACGUGGAACAGUUUUUCGUACGAGUUUAACACCCAUAAAGGUGACGCGUCUUUUAUCAUAAGGGAAACCUACAACCGUUCCCAGAUUCAGAUGCACUGCACCUCUGAGGGCGGCACUCAUUACUGUCCCAACUACGGAAAAAAUGAACAAGACGAAAAACAGAGACAGCAAGAAGAGGAGAGAAGACGUCUGGAACGUUUGGAACGUGAGCAAAGGAUUCAACAGGAGCUGGACAGAGAGAGUGAAUCGUCCAGACUCAAGCUUUCUCGAGCGACUGAGCGCCUUCGUGAAAAACAGAGCUUCAGAGGUCAUGAGAAACAUCAUGAACGCACACAAGUUCUCCAUCAGCAAAUAGAAGAUGAUGCUGCUGCGAUUGAGAGGAACGAGGUUAUUGAUGUUGAAGAAAAAUUCAAAAGACUUUUAUUGAAGUACCAGAUCACAGAAGAAGAAGAGAUACAGCAGCACCAGAUUUGGAGCAGGAUUAAGAUACUCCAGAAUGAACUUGCAGUUCAAUAUUGUAGAGAAAACAACCUUUCAGUAUGGUCUCAGUUUACCUUUGAUCAAGCUGUAAGGUAUAACAAACUGUCUCUUACAGAGAAGCUCACAGUUCUUGAGGCAUCUGUACAGUUCAUUAUGCACAGUAGCACUGAAGAUGCUAAAGAUGAUGAAGAUCAGCCGCUUGGUUGGGAGAAGUAUCACCACUUUUUCUUGGGUUUGGUGGAGCAGCUUCAUGCCACAAGUCCAACUUUGGCUGAAUGCAUUUUAGUGAAUGUACUUGACACAAUCUCAGAGCUUUCACCACAAAGUAGGGAGAUUUUGGGUCAAAUGUUGUUCAACAGAAUGUGGACAGCAACAGAAAUAAUGCUCUUAAUUUGUAAAAGUCCAGCUAUCAAAAGCCAGCAACUCGAUUCAGUUCUCCACACAGCACAAACCUACCACCUGGACUGCAUCUUUGUUCUCUCUGCUCUUACAAAUGAAAACCCUUUACAAUUUCUUCAAGAACAAAUAAAAAAUGACAAGGAAAAAGAUGCUGAUACAAUUGUUAAGGAACUUCGCGAAGCAAACUGCCCAGAGAAAGUCUUGGGGCCGUUGAAGGAUGUACUUAGAUACAUGGAGUCGGAACUCCCAAAAUAUCACUCGGUGGACCUUACCAAAGAACAAAUUGCCGAAAUGAAAAAGAAGACAACAUGUCUUAAUUUUACAAACCUAGAUGUCAGCCUUUUGAAAGAUGUAUUAAUAGGAAUGUCAGUAGCAGUGCAAGACUGCUCAACAAUCAUCACAGAAGACAAUAUGAAGAUUCAAGGCUAUUUUCCAAGACUUACACAACUAGCAUCAUUGCUUUUACUCCUCCUGGCACAGGUGGCAGAAAAUAAGGGAUGUUUUCUAGAGAUUGGCACAGGUGAGGGCAAGUCCUGUAUCUUAGCCAUGUUUGCAACAAUUCUGGCCAUUCGUGGAACAAAAGUGGACAUUGUGACAAGCUCUCCAGUUCUCGCCCGACGAGAUCAAGAAGAGUGGAAAAAGAUUUUUGAAAUGUUUGGUGUCACCUCAUCUGUAGUACCCCCACGUUACUCAAGUGCCUAUUCACCAGAAGAACAAGAGGAACGUCUUAAAGAUGCUUACCGGGAGCAAAUAGUAUAUGGCACGGUGGGAGCCUUUGCAGCAGACACACUUAAACAGGAAUUUGAGAAGAGGACUACUCGCGAUACAAGGCAGUUUGAGCUUGUAAUAGUGGAUGAAGUGGACUAUAUGACCUUGGACAAUGGAGUCCAAGUAACAUUCUUGUCUCAUGAAUCUAGUGGAUUUAGGCAUGUGGAGCAAGUGCUUGCCAACAUAUGGGCCAUGAUAUCUAGUUGCCAACCAAUUGAAAUGCUUGAAAAAGGGGAGAUAAAAUGGGCGACAAGGAUACAAUACUUUCAUAAAGCCGCAACAGCAGCCAUUAUGGGACUAGAAACAUCAGACAACUUUUCUGCAAAUGAGAUCUUGUUUCCUGGAGUGACUUUGGGAUUCUACACCCACGAAGAUAUUGAAAUGAUACAUCAGGCUGAGAGUAAGAAAGAAAAUGAAGGUGAUGGGAAUGAGGACAGAAUGUCCAAAGCAUUAUCUGAAGUCAUGAAAAAACUGGGAGUUUCACAACAGUACGAUCUCUUGGGUAUAUUUGAGGAGGUCUUGGAAAACAGUGUAGUGUUUAAGUGCUAUUCCUUAGAGAACAAGAAAGCCAAAUGUCUUGAAGCUCAGGAAAAACAAGGUGACCUUAAAGCUGAAAUGCUACUGCUGGAAGGAGGACUGGCAUGUGAAAUCAUGUCUGAGAAAUCACUCAUUGAUGCAACUGUAAGCACAAUAAAGUCAUCCAUCAAGUACUCAGAUAACCUCCAGACAGCCAAAGAAUCCAACAACUUCAUUAUCAUCCCUGUUUUUUUGAAAAGCUACGUUGAGAAUCAGUUACCAGUGUUUGUCGAGAAUGCACUAAAGGCUGUUGUGAUGACGCGUGGCAGAGAAUACAUGAUUGACACCUCCCCGGCUGCUGAAAGAGACAUUGCCAAGAGUCAUGACAGAGACCAGUAUAAUGCAAUAAUUCCAGUGGACUUCAAAGCAAACGGUGUGCUAGAGAAAAACAAGAAGUGGGGUAAUGGUUUGCAGCAAUUUUUAGAGUUCAAGCACCAACUUGCAAUUUCGCCGAUAUCCAAUGUGACAAAUUACAUGUCAAAUUUCCAUUAUUUUAAAAGGUACCUCAGCGGGAGAGGUGUAUUUGGUGUUUCUGGUACAUUAGGAGGUAAAGCAGAUCAGGACUUUCUGGCAAAACACUAUAAAGCAACAAGCUACAUUGUACCUGCACAUCGUCAUAAAAGGGUGGUGGAGCUUCCAGUCAUCCAGGUGAAAGGUGGGAAUCACCAAUGGAUCCAGACUAUUUGUGAAACUUCAUGGAAAGGAGCAGAGAGAGGACAAGUUGUCUUGGCAAUUUGCGAAGACGUUAAAACAGCAGAUGAACUACAUAAGAAAAUACAAGAUGAAGGCAGAUUUAAGGCAGAACAGAUUACUCUGUACACAAUCAGUGAGAAGCACAACAUUGAAAGAGAGAAGUUCUGCGCAGGCAGAAUCAUCAUUGCUACAAAUCUGGGAGGACGGGGGACAGACAUAAAGGUUGAUGAAAGUGUGAAUACGUGUGGUGGUCUUUUUGUUCUUCUUACUCACUUCCCACACAACCGAAGAGUGGAGAAACAAAUAUUUGGUCGUACAUCACGAAAAGGCAAUCCUGGGAUGGUCCAGAUGGUUUUGAACUGUGAUCAUCUCGCAACCGCUUACCAAGGUCAGUCUGUAGAAAUCAUGCGACAACUAAGAGAGGAUUAUGAAAUUAAAAGAAUCCAAGAAAUGGAAAGUGAUGAUCUGGUUGAAAUAAAUCUAAAGGAAAAUCUAUUCUCCACAUUUUGUAAAUUGCUGAAGGACUUUGAUGGGCAUUACUCGGAGAAAGAAAAACUGGAUCCCAUGCGAAUGCAGCUCAAUAAAAUCCCUGAUUGCUUUAAACAUCAUCGGCCAAAGUUUGAUUAUCAGCCUGCCAUCAAUGCUUUGAAAGAAUCUUGGGCCUUGUGGUUAACCCUUCAUGAGGAUCACAUCAAUAGGCAUGAUGACAGCAGACAACUCGAAGCAGACCUUAUCAGGACAAUAAAUGUAACCAGUGCAAAGCUGCGGCAAGGACAAAGCGAUAAUUUCUAUGAUAACGUCAAACAGGCAAUUGUAAGAACUGAUCUACACUGCCGUGAAAAAUCCAAAAAUGAUUAUGGAGCUAAAUCCUAUUGGCAAAAAGUUGCAAAGUCUGACCCACACUACAGGGCUGUGGCACUCUAUAACCAGGCGUACAUCACUAUUAACCUUGGUAAAGGUAACUAUAAAGCAGAUGCUAUGAACCUGCUGGAAGACGCAAAGAAAUCCAUUGACGUCUACAUCUCAGAAGUCUCAAACACAAUGGUCUCAUGUAACUUAUCAGUCACUGGAAACAAAGAUCAGAGCACAGACAACAACAACUUUCAGAGUCAAAUGGAGGCGAGAUUGAACAUCUUUAAGUCUUGGAUGACGUACAUUGAUAAUGCAUUGUUUAAACUUAAAGAGCUGGAAAAAGACAACAGUGACGCCAUUACAGAGGACUGUUCAGUCUACAUGCUGUCUGAAGAAAAGAACUUCAUCGUCACUAAUGAGCUCAGAUCAUUAUACGACUAUGGCCUCGGUGUUGUUUUUGAGGUGAAAAAGAAGCCCAAGUUUUGCAUAGAUGCUUUGAUAUGUUUCAUACUCGGCGUGGUACAGGUUCUUGCUGGGGUUCUUGUUUGUGCUCUGACACUUGGAACAGCCACCCAGUUUGGAUUGGGCCUGAUUUCAGAAGGAGUGUCUGACAUGAUCAGUGGAAUAGUGGGGAUGAUAAAGGGUUCAUUCAAUUGGGUGUCAUGGGCAAUAUCUAAGAGUAUCAGCAUUGGGCUUUCUUUGAUAACGGCUGGCUUAAGUGUUAUCAUUAAAUCAGUUACCUCAGUGUUUAAAGUGACAAAAAGUCUCCUCAAUGGUACAAAGUCUUUUUCUUCUGUUGCAUCUGAAUUCAUCAAAUCAGGAAAGGCAAUGUUUACUUCAUUCAAAGGAGGCGUUCAGUCUGGUUUAUCAUCCGUCAGUAAGGAAUCUUUCAAGGCUGCAAUGAAAAACAUGACAUCUUCUACAGUGCUCAAACAGAACUUCAAAUUUGCAACUAAAUAUGCAGUUCAGGAAAUCGGGAAACAGUCUGUGGUCACUGCCAUGAACUACGCAAUCGAUGCAGCCCUUCAGGAAGUCUUUAAGAAGAUUUUACAAAGCAGCUUUGAGAAUGUUGUUACUUCAUCAGUGAAGCAGAGCAGUAAACUGGAUCAGACUCUUGUGGAGUUCAUCAGCUCAGGCAUUCCCAAAGCAGCACUGAAAAAAGAGAAUUUCAAGAUUGACCAGAGUUAUGAGAAGCAAAUAAAAAAAUCAGUUGGUAUGCUCUGCGAAGAGAUAAUUCCUGACCUCAUACUGGACUGUACCACAGCACAGGAUGUUAUCAGCAAACUCUCUGAGGUGUGUGAAGCAGCAUCAGAUCUUAAGAAUAAAGCCAAACUGUCAGGAGUAUAUGACAUGGCAAAGCAGGCUCUGAAAGUAGCGGAGUACUCAGCAUCUCUUGUUCAAAUACUGAGUGCCAUACCAACAGAGGAGAUAAUACAACAGAAGUUUGUUCCUGAAUUACUGGAGAGCAUCAGUGAGCUUCAGAAAGAAAUGACAAAGUAUGACCAAGAUGGACGACACCAUUUACACGAUGUACAGCGCCUUAAAGGUGAACUUCUUCAGACUAUCACCCAGAAUGUGUCUGAGCAAUUCAUCAGCUCCUGUUCAGAACAUAUGAGUUCUUUAAUGACAAGCACAUUUAAGAGUCAACUGAACAGUGCUGCAGGACAGGCAGUGGACCACGUCAUUCGCAGACAUAAAACUCAGCGUUUCUUUGAUGACCAGAAGGAAAAACACAACAAGAGAUCUGCAAGCCACAAGGAAGUGGAACAGCUGUCAGAUGAGGACAAAACAAAGCUAAUGCAGUAUACAGAAGACAUGUGCAAUGCUGAUCAGCCUACAACAGCCCUCGAUGUGUAUGUGCUCACAAAAAGUAACCUGCUCGAUGGAAAGGGAAUUAAACUAUCUGUCGUUGAUGAAAAUGGAAAACAGCUCACUGUGGAGCAUUACCCAGGAACCACCAAAUCAGCAGGCGAUAUAAAACUUAAAUUAACCAAAUCUGCAAAAGCCACACAUCCAUCACAAUGUGAUACACAGCUGUACAGCGGCCAUUUUGACAUCGUACAGGAUGAUGGCAGGAUAAUCAGCGUUAACUCAGAUCAUCAGAAUGCUCUUUAUCAUGCUGUAGCACAAGCAACUGGCAGCGAGACAGAAGAACCAAAGAAGGAAGCUGUGAUGCUACGUAAUAAAGUAAAAAAUGAGAUCCAGACAAACCUUGAAUCGUACACACCCCUGCUUAUUCUCCAAAGAGGAUACGACUUCUGUCACAAAAACCCCAAUAAAUACAGCAUAACUGGAGGGAGUAAAAAGAAGACAGACGUUGCACUGCAGAAAUACUUACAGAGUGUUAAAUUCAUCAGAAGUGGCGAAGUCCUCAUCAAAAUGUACCAUCUUGGAUUUGUUGGUGAAUAUAAAAGUGUCGUAAGUGCUCGGAUGUCCAGUAAGAACACCACGGGGACACUUAACACAAGCCACAUUCCACCGAAGGACUCCAUCAGACUUGCUGAGGCGGUCAUAGAUAACCCAAACUCAGUGAGCGAGCUUAAAAAUAAAAACCUGCCGCUUUAUAAACUAAUCAGCAGCAUAAAGACUGACAGUAAUGGAUGGAACCUGAUUGCCAUGGAGGUUCUGGGACAAGAUCACAGACGAGCUUUAACUACGGGCCCAAGCAGCCGCUCACAGAUGGCCAGGAAACUUCUAGCUGACACCAUAAUUAGUGGAGACGUGGAGCUUCUGCUGAAACGCUGCAUGAUUCUACAUCACCCGCUCACCUCACAAAAGCUGAGAGGAGCUCUGGGUGAAAGCAUUCCCUCUCAGUGCCACGUUUUGUCAGAUGAAGGUAUCCGAGGCUACUACAAAGCAGGAUACCGAAACCUGGUGUCAGAAUAUAACCGCUUGGGAAUCCUGGAUCAGAACCAGUGUGAGCGUCUGGACGAGUGGGUGAAUCAGGACCAGCACGAGGACGCUAACACUGCAGAGUACGGCCAGGUUCUGCAGGGGUUACAGUAAAAAUGCCCAGUGUUACUGAACACAAUUUCUCUUCAGCGAAGGUGAUGAAGAUGAUGCCUAUAGAAAGCAGGAAAUGACUGCUCUCUGCCACUGAAAUUGCAUUCACUGCAAUAAAUAAACAAAUGAAAAAUGAUUUUAGCAAGUAAAGAUAUCUUGUAAUAUUGGCAGAUUGUUUUGGUGAUUUUAAGCAUUUACUUUUAGGAUGAUAAAAUAAGCAUUUAAAACUCAAAAUCAGUAAAAGUGUCUAGAAAUAUUGUGUUCUAUUAAAACAAAUCUAGUGUUUUAUUGUAGUAACUUAAGUUUGGGUUUAAGCGUUUAGAGAAUCAGAAUACUACAGGGUUAUUCCACAAAACAUGAAUUGAAAUCUGAUCAUAAGAAUGGUGUUGGGUUGUGAUUAAAUUUCAAAAAUAUAUAACAGGAAUAAAAUCUAAAAACAAAUUUUCAGCUUCUCUUCAGUAUUGCUCUGUAGUGUAGAACAGGAACAUGCUUCAAGCUCCUCUCUGAUUAAAAGUUAUAAAAACACUGAAAUCAUUAUACUUAAAACUGUGUACUGAUUUUAUAAUCACAUAAUUCUUCAUAAUCAGUUAAAUGAAUCUCCAUUUUUCACACAUGUAUUGUAA